AUGAUUGCAAAUGGCCGCCGCGCGACAGGCUGUCGUUCGGGCUAUGCUUCGGCAGUGGCAAGUCCCGUGCCGCGACAUUUUUUGAAGCCCCCAAAGGACCCUCACGUAUUGAAGGCGUGGGAAAACGCGAUCCCGCGGAAAAACAUUAAGGUGACGUCAAAAACAUACGUUUGUGACAUUCAUUUUGAGCCUGCAGACAUCAUAAGCUGUUGUGAGCACGUCGUGAAUGGUCAAACCGUUACAAUACCACGAGGCAGGUGGGCACUGAGGGAGUGCGCGGUGCCUCGAAUGUUUCCAAACAUACCAGAGCAUUUGUCAAAACCAAAGACGCCCAAGUCAGCAAGAAAACCACCCAAAGUGAAAACAGUGGUUCCUGCCCAAGUUGCUUCCUGCCAAAGUGAUGGGAAUGCUGCGCCCUGGUUUGCUGUUAUGCUGGACGGUCAAGCGUUUGAGUCGGGGCAUGUCAAGGCUUCGACCAACCAGGUUAUACUCUACAAGCUGGAGGAGUCCGGGGGCAUUGUACACAUUGAAAACUCCGUAGUAAUCAGACGAGACUUGACGGUUGAAGUUAGUUCAAGAGGUGUGCUUGUCCCGCCGUACAGCUACAUCGUCGACAACGAUAAAAAUGUAAACAUUCAGACUCAACUAGCAAGCUAG